CGGGCUAAGCGCAGCCUCUGGCGGCCGGGUGUGUUGACGGUGGGGAAGAAGUUUAGCAGCCUGUGAGAGCCAGGAGGGAGGCCGGGAGGAGGAUGCGGCUUGGCCGGGGCGCCCGCUGCAGGAGCUCGCCGCCGCCUCAGCCUCGGCCCCCGGGGCCGCCGAGGGUCCACCCGCCGCCCCGCGUGUCCGGCUAAAUUACUCAAGUUUGUGGGAAACUAUAUGAAUCUUAAGCCUGUUAUAAGGUGGCAAUGUCUCGGGAACCUACUCCACCGCUGCCUGGAGAUAUGUCUCCUAGCCCUGUUGCAGAAAGCUGGUGUUACACACAGGUUAAAGUGGUGAAAUUUUCCUACAUGUGGACUAUUAAUAACUUCAGUUUUUGUCGAGAAGAAAUGGGUGAAGUGUUAAAGAGUUCAACAUUUUCUUCUGGCCCAAAUGAUAAAAUGAAAUGGUGCCUGAGGGUAAACCCAAAGGGAUUAGAUGAUGAAAGUAAAGACUAUUUGUCCUUAUAUUUGCUUUUAGUCAGCUGCCCAAAAAGUGAGGUUCGAGCAAAAUUCAAAUUUUCCCUUCUGAAUGCUAAAAGGGAAGAAACAAAAGCAAUGGAAAGCCAAAGAGCUUAUCGAUUUGUACAGGGGAAGGACUGGGGAUUUAAAAAAUUCAUUAGAAGAGAUUUUUUGCUUGAUGAAGCCAAUGGUCUUUUACCAGAUGACAAGCUUACAUUAUUCUGUGAGGUGAGUGUGGUUCAAGAUUCAGUCAAUGUCUCAGGACAUACAAAUACAAACACUUUGAAGGUGCCGGAAUGUCGACUAGCAGAAGACUUAGGUAAUCUCUGGGAAAACACAAGAUUUACAGAUUGCUGCUUUUUUGUGAGAGGAAAAGAAUUCAAAGCUCAUAAGUCUGUGCUUGCAGCUCGAUCCCCAGUUUUUAAUGCAAUGUUUGAACAUGAAAUGGAAGAAUGCAAAAAGAAUCGAGUGGAAAUAAAUGAUUUAGACCCUGAGGUUUUUAAGGAAAUGAUGAGAUUCGUUUACACAGGAAAAGCACCAAAUCUUGAUAAAAUGGCCGACAACUUGUUGGCAGCUGCAGACAAAUAUGCACUGGAACGGCUGAAGGUCAUGUGUGAAGAAGCUUUGUGUAGUAGCCUCUCAGUAGAAAAUGUUGCUGAUACCCUUGUCCUUGCAGAUUUGCACAGUGCAGAACAAUUGAAAGCCCAGGCAAUAGACUUUAUUAAUAGGUGCAGCGUACUUCGACAACUUGGAUGUAAGGAUGGGAAAAACUGGAAUAACAACCAAGCAACUGACAUCAUGGAAACAGCAGGGUGGAAGUCUAUGAUUCAGUCUCAUCCUCAUUUAGUGGCAGAAGCUUUCCGAGCACUAGCAUCUGCACAGUGUCCACAGUUUGGUAUUCCACGCAAACGGCUAAAGCAGUCUUGAGUCUUCCAUGGACAGUAGGAAAAUUGAUUGCCUUUACUCCCCCAGGUCCAGAAGGAUUCCAAUACAAACCAUAAGCAACAGUUGUUUCUGUCUCUUGUCCGCAGAACAAAAGCUAGAGAAGCAUAUUGCUUGCUUUCAGGUGGAUAAUUUAUGGUUUAUACUUCAGCUUUAAAUCAGACUGAUUAAUUCACUUCAAGGCCUUAAAUUAUCUUCAGUGACUUCUCUUGUUCAUAAUAGUUUAAUUUUUUUAUUGUGCCUUGUCAGUUUGCCAAGGCUAUGCAGGAUUGCACUAGCUCCACGAUGCAGUAAUAUUGAUAACUGAAGAUACUGAGUUUAAAAAGGAUCUUCCAUUAUUUUGGAAACAAAAGAAUUUUAUAGGUUUUGUUCUAUGCAGUCUCCAAGUUUAAAACUAGGUUCUCCUGGCUUUGGAGAUUGCCAGAGGCGCCUCCAGUCUCAGUUCUGUUGACACUAAAGAGCCUAUUACUGUUGAGGUAAGUGUGGCCACACACUGCUCUGGUUAAUUUAUUUUUCAUUUCAUGGGGCAGAUAAGUAAUGAGUUGGCCUAAACUUUUAGUAAAAUUUUUGGUGUUUAUCUGUAUAUUAACUGCUCAAGAAACUGGGUUUAUGUGCAUUUCAAUGAUUGAGAAAUGAUUUGAAGUUAAGAUUUCAGUAAAAAGAAAGCAUGGAUUUUGCUGUGUUAAAUUUAUAAUGACUUACAUUUGAAAGAAUAAUUUAGUAGAUGUUAAAGUCAGGAUGACCAAAUGUACAUUUCAUGAGUGGGCCAAUUAAGAAAGAUAUAUA